AUGAUUGAGAAGACAAACGAGAAAAGGGUAAACCAGUUUUAUUUGAUAGUUUGUUCGGCUGGCCGGCGUCUAUCGGCCAGAGAGUCGAGAAGAGGUGGAGGUUGGUGGAAGGGACGAAGAAGAGAUGUACACAAGCAAGAAAGGGAGAGAGAGAGAGAGAGAGAGAGAGAGAGCGAGAGCAUCAAAAUGGAGGCGCUGGCAAUCGAGCCAGUGAGUGUAUCACAGAAAUGGUGCAGUGCGGAUAUGCUUGUUGUGGAGGAGACCGGCGAGUGGGCGGUCUAG